AUGUCUGUCUCUCUAUGCUCGAGGACUGGCCGGCGGGUGCCAGUAGCAUCCCUUUUCGCGCGCCCCUUAUAUGACAUCACGUCUGGCUUCCGCGUCCCAGCAACCACUCGAUUCUACUUUCAAAAGACCAAUGAACCUACACCUUCACUGUAUUCAAAUCGUCUCUCCGGUCGCACGUGUAUGGUCACAGGCGGUACUUCAGGCAUCGGCUUCGCAAUUGCAGAACGGUUUCUACAAGAAGGAGCUACAUCCGUCAUUCUAAUCGGCAGGUCGCAAGAGCGGCUCCAAGCUGCAGCAAAACGUCUUGAUAUCUCAAACAAUCAUGAAAACAACAUUACGGGCAUGUCAAGCAAAGUGCGUCUGCUUGUUGGCGACGUAGGAGACAUUGGAUCAUGGAAGCAUGAGCUGGAGAAAGAGAUGGCCAAUGUGGAUAUCCUCGUAAACGCAGCGGGAAUCUCUAUCAAUAGUAUCCUCCCAAGAGCCGAACUGCAGGAUAUCUCGGACAUACUGCGCACGAAUCUUGAAGGCGCUAUGCUCACUUCACGGGCAUUGGUACGUGCGACAAUCCGCAACAGAGUACGCAACCGCAAACACGCUGCAGACAAUGAAACCUUGCGGUCCAAGUGUAUCAUAAAUGUCUCCUCCCUGCUUGCACUCAAGGCUGGCACCGGGGCUGUUCCGUACGCUGCAUCCAAGGCUGGUCUCUUGGGUCUGACACGGUCAUUAGCUGUUGAGGCGUCUGUGUCACUGAAGGAUGCGGUGAUUCGGUCGAAUGCCAUCGUACCGGGAUAUAUCGAAACUCCAAUGAUCGCGGAUUUUACACCAGGCGAAGUUGACAGACUCAAGGCUCUGAUCCCGCUUCACCGAUUCGGAAAACCCAGUGAAGUUGCAGAUGCGGCUGUCUUCCUGGCAGCAAAUGAAUAUGCAAACAACUGCAUUCUCAAUCUCGACGGUGGACUCGGUGCUGUCUAA